UCUUAGGGUUCCAAAAACAUCCUCUUUCCUUUGCCUUUGUGUGAUUGACUUUGUCUUCUCACAUUCCUCCUUCUCUCUCUCUUAUGUCCACUGAAAUUCUUAGCCAUCUGUUCUUAUUUUAAUGGACAAUUGAUAGCUUUUCUUUGAUUUUAAAGAUUUCCAAAAAUAUUGAGAAAAUUUGGUCAUUUUCUUGAAAUCUCUUUCUUAUUUCCAGCCAUUCUUCAUCUUAUUAUUAGUGGGUUGCCUCUAAUUUCCCUAAAGUUUGAACCUUUUGAUUAAAAAAAAUUGCCCCCAAAUUGUUGUGCUCAUUUUCUUGAAAUCUCUUUGUCAUUUCCACCCAUUCUUGAUCUUAUUUUUGGUGCGUUGCCUCUAAUUUUCCUAAAGUUUGAACCUUUUGAUAAAAAAAAUCACCCCAAUUCCAAUUUAAGGUUUUUCUUCCACCUGCAAUCUUUUGGGUUUGAUCCAAAUUUUGUGUUUGUCACUUCAUUCCUCAAAUUUCUAUUCAACAAUUCGUGGGUUGAUUUCCAAAUUUUCAAUUUUUUUCAAAAUUUGACUGUUUCAUGUGAAAAAUAUAUAUAUAUAUAGAAAUGCCAAUUACAGAAUAUCAAGGGGCAUCAGCAUCAUUCACAAAUUUUGGAAGGUCUUUAUUGAGUAUGCGCCGUGAUCAGGUGCAUUCAAUGGAAUCUGCUCAUGAAGCAACUAGCCAAGACAUAGAACUCGAAGCUUUUCAAAAACAAGUAGCUGAACAUUUCAAUGAAUUGUCUAAUGUUGAUUCAGAUACAUUGCUUUCAAUUCAAUGGAUUCGUAAGCUAUUAGAUGUGUUCCUUUGUUGCCAGGAGCAAUUCAGGUCCAUUUUAUUCAACAAUGUUAGUAACUUAAAUAAAGCUCCUAUGGACCGUUAUGUAACGGAGUAUUUUGAUAGGAGUGUUAAAGGAUUGGAUGUUUGUAACGCGAUAAGGGAUGGGAUUGAACAGAUUAAGCAGUGGCAAAAGCAGUUGGAGAUUGUUCUUUGUGCAUUGGAGAAUCAGAGAGGGAGUGUUGGUGAAGGCCAAUUUCGUCGUGCUAAAAAGGCGCUGAUUGAUUUGGCGAUUGGUAUGCUUGAUGAUAAGGAGGCUAAUACAUCUGUUUCACAUAGAAACAGGUCAUUUGGGAGAAAUAAUAAUAGUAAUAGUAAUGAUCAUCAUAGGUCUUUGGGGCAUUUUAGAUCGUUAUCGUGGAGUGUAUCGAGGAAUUGGUCUGCUGCUAGGCAGUUACAAGCAAUCGGUAGCAACUUAACUGCUCCGAAAAAUAAUGAAAUUGUUGCUACUAAUGGAUUAGCUUUGGCUGUUUUUACAAUGAGUUAUGUGUUGUAUUUUGUAAUGUGGGCACUUGUGGCCGCGAUACCUUGCCAGGAUCGCGGAUUGCAGACACAUUUUUAUGUGACUAGGCAAUUCGUUUGGGGUGUUCCGCUGUUAUCCCUACACGAAAGGAUUUUGGAGGAAUCGAAGAAGAGGGAUCGUAGGAACGCUUGUGGAUUGUUGAAGGAGAUUCAUGAGAUGGAGAAAUGUGCUCACCAUAUGAAUGAAUUGAUCGAUGGUGUUCAUUUCCCGAUCACAGAGGAAAAAGAUGGAGAAGUGAAGCAAAGAGUGAAUGAACUUGGGAUUGUUUAUGAUGGUUUAAAGAAUGGAUUGGACCCGUUGGAGCGCCAGGUCAGAGAAGCUUUCCAUAGGAUCGUUCGGAGCAGGACUGAAGGCCUAGACUCUAUCGGACGAGGAAAUCAUGAGUGAAGAUGAUGAUAAUAGAUAUAUAGAUUUUCCCCUUUUGUUCUUUUCUUUUUUGGACUCUUUUUUAGAUGAGAAGAGGAGGGAGAAUGGUUAAUGGUGGUGCAAUGUGCCAGAAAAAUAAGUAGUUUAAAGAGGUAAAAAUGAUAUAUUUUCACUUUAUAUAUGUAAAGAAAUUAGUGGAAAAAUGGAUCUUUGGUCCAUUUUUGGUGAUGUUCAUCUUGUUUGGGAUUGUAUAAUCACACUUCAUGAGUUAAGUUUGCUUUUUAACUCUUUAACUGA